AUGAUGCAAGUCUUUCAGGAGAAAUCAGAGACCAUGGACUGGCUUGCUUUGAGAACUGUGGGAGUGCUGGUCAUUUUAAUGGUGGUGGUGGAAGUCAACUGUACAUUCUGGGUAGAGGUAAAGGGAGAAAAUGAAGAAGAUGGCACAGCAUUGCAGAAGCCCCAUAGAAGAUAUAAACGGGAAUGGGUUAAAUUUGCAAAACCCUGUCGAGAAGGAGAAGACAAUUCAAAGAGGAACCCAAUUGCUACUAUUACUUCAGAUUAUCAAAAACACCAGAAAAUUAGAUAUCGUAUCUCUGGAAAAGGAGUUGAUCAGCCUCCUCAUAAUGUCUUCGUUGUUAACCCCAGAACUGGAGAAAUUAACAUAACACAAAUAGUUGAUCGAGAAGAAACCCCAAUGUUCCUGAUCACCUGCCAGGCUUUGGAUGAAUGGGGAAGAGAUGUAGAGAAGCAUCUUGUACUUACAGUCAAAAUUUUAGAUAUCAAUGACAAUCGUCCAAUAUUUUCACAAAGCACAUUCUUUGGUGAAAUUGAAGAAAACAGUGCUGCAAAUACACUGGUGAUGUUCAUAAAUGCGACAGAUGCUGAUGAACCAAAUCAUCUAAAUUCCAAAAUUGCCUUCAAAAUAAUCUCUCAAGAGCCUGCGGGGCAACCUAUGUUCCUCCUAAAUAGACUCACCGGGGAAGUUCGUUCAAUGACCAGUACUCUUGAUAGAGAGAAAAACAGCAAGUAUAGCCUACUUGUAAGUGCUGCAGAUCUUGAUGGAGCUGGACAGGCCACUGAAUGUGGGUGCCAGAUUACAAUCAAAGAUGUCAAUGAUAAUUUUCCAAUUUUUAGAGAAUCACAGUAUUCAAUAGAGAUUAAAGAAAAUACUCUUAGUUCUGAAGUGAUCCGAUUUCAAGUAACAGAUCUGGAUGAAGAGUUCACAGAUAAUUGGUAUGCAGAUUAUUUCUUUACUUCCGGAAAUGAAGGAAAAUGGUUUGUAAUAGAAACAGAUAAAAAAACCAAUGAAGGAGUCAUGAAAAUGGUUAAGACUCUGGACUUUGAACAAUUUCAAACAAUGGAACUUGGUAUAGCUGUUAGAAACAAGGCUCCAUUUCACCAGUCAAUUAUCUCCCAGUAUCGAAUCCAUUCAACUCCUGUUAGAGUUCAGAUUAUAAAUGUAAAAGAGGGAAUUGCAUUCCACCCUACUUCAAAGACUUUUGAAGUACAGAAAGGCAUAAGUUAUAAAAAAUUGAUCAAUUAUGUUGUUGGAACAUACCAAGCCAUCGAUGAAGAUACUGGCAAAACUGCAUCAUUUGUCAGAUAUGAAUUGGGGCGUAAUGAUGGUGGUUUCUUAGCCAUUGAUUCAAAAACUGCUCAAAUUAAAUUUAUCAGAAACCUUAAUCGAGACUCAACAUUCAUAGUCAAUAAAACAAUCACAGCUGAGAUUCUGGCAAUAGAUGAUAACACAGGAAAAACAUCAACGGGUACCAUAAUUGUUAGAGUGCCAAAUUUCGAUGAAAAUUGUCCUCAGGUUAUCACUGACAGGGUAACAGUUUGUCGUACAUCUGGAUCAGUUAUUGUCACAGCCAAACCUCUACAAAACCAUCCAGACACUGGACCUUUCACAUUUUCCCUAGUUGAACAGCCCAUGAGGACCCCAGUCAUGUGGAGUGUUACAACAAUAAAUGCUACCUCUGCAAAACUGGAAACUCAGCAAACACUGUCUUCUGGAACCCAAUCACUCUCUCUCCUAGUUACAGACAGGCAAGGUAUGAGUUGUGAAAUACCAGAGACUCUGGAAUUACGGACCUGUGACUGUGAUGAGAACCAAAGGUGUGUCAGUGUGCUUCCUUUCCCAGAUGGGAACAGGCAAAAAGGGAGAUCCUCAGUAAGCCUUGGACCGGCCGCCAUUGGUCUGCUCUUUCUUGGGCUUUUGAUGUUGUUGUGUGAGUAUUACAUUCCAUUGUUCUAUUCUAGUUCUAACAUGAAAAGUCAGUUUGGGAAAGCAUUUGCCUGUGCAGAUGAAGAUGAUGGUCAAGGUAUAUCUGACUGCCUCUUAAUAUACGAUGAUGAAGGAAUAGAAGAAGCCCCUAGUUCUCCUGUAGGUUCUGUUGGCUGUUGUAGUUUCAUCGCAGAUGAUUUUGAUGACAACUUCUUGGAUUCAUUAGGGCCAAAAUUUAAGAAGUUAGCAGAUAUAAGCAUGGGUAUCGAUGAUGAACCCAAACUCUCUCAGGCACCUGAGAAAACAAACAUUACUGCAGCAGGGAUACCUGGAUCACAGUCAGCACCUGCUUCAUCCACAUAUGGAACUUGUCAACCUACCGCCAAUGUUACCUGUCCACCUACAACUUUCUACAGCAAUGAAAUUCCAACUCUCUCAGCUUCUGGGCCUGUGUUUCAGCCUGCAAUUCCAAUACCUGAUCCUUUACUCCAGGGUAAUUUCUUGGUGACCGAGUCUUAUACUGCUUCUGGCUCAUUCACUCAGCCUUCCACUGUAGUCUUUGAUCCUCGGCUCACAGAAAAUGUGACAGUAACAGAAAGGGUGAUUUGCCCCAUUUCAGGUGUUUCUGGAAUUCAAGGCAACUUACAUGGUCCUACUCAGUUAGGAGGGUCAUGUAAUGUGGCCUGCACAGAAGAUCCAUGUUCUCGACUGAUAUGA